CCCAAGGAACCAUACACAUGGGGCAACCAGAUCAGGGCGACGCUUUUCAACUCAUGGGUCAACGUUCUUCUGAUAGCUGUUCCGGUCGGCUUCGCUUUGAAUUAUGCUGGUAUUGAUGGCAAAAUCGUCUUUGCAGUCAACUUCGUUGCCAUCAUACCGCUGGCUGCUCUUCUUAGUUACGGAACAGAAGAGGUUGCACUCAGAACUGGUGAGACGAUUGGUGGUCUCAUCAACGCGACUUUUGGUAAUGCCGUUGAAUUGAUUGUCGCCAUUGAGGCGCUUGCUCAGAAUAAGGUUGAAGUUGUCAAAACGUCACUUAUUGGCAGUAUUCUCUCCAACCUGCUUUUGGUUUUGGGCAUGUGCUUCUUCUUUGGUGGUAUUGGACGUCAAGUCCAGUACUUCAACAAGACGGUAGCUCAAACUGCCGCUAGCUUGCUCGCACUGGCUGUGGCCAGUAACAUUAUCCCAACCGUAUUCGCGCAGCACGCAAGCGAGGACGAGACCAAUGGUGCGGCAGUCGACAACGCAGACGUCGCCGCUUUGUCUCGAGGAACUAGCGUGAUCCUCCUGGUUGUCUACGGCGCUUAUCUUCUUUUCCAGCUCAAGACACAUAUUGAGGUCUUUAAUGAGCCUUCCCAGAAGCACAACGACCAAGCCUUGGCCGGUCUGCACCGACAUGAUAUGUCAGACGAGGAGGAGGAGGAGGAGGAGCUGGCCACCCUCUCUGGCUGGGUCGCCUGUCUCACCCUUUUCCUUUCUACGGUCCUGGUUGCCUUCUGUGCUGAGUUUAUGGUCAACGGUAUCGAGCCUAUCACAGAAGCUGGAGUCAGUGUCGAGUUCGUCGGUCUUAUCUUGCUUCCCAUUGUCGGAAAUGCUGCUGAGCACGUCACUGCUGUCACUGUUGCAAUCAAGGAUAAAAUGGAUUUGGCCAUUGGUGUUGCAGUCGGCUCCUCCAUGCAGGUCUCUCUCUUCCUGAUCCCUCUGCUUGUCAUCAUCGGCUGGGGUAUGGGUAUCGAGGAUAUGAACCUGUCCUUCGACACCUUCCAGGUCGCGGUCGUAUUUGUUACUGUUCUGCUUGUCAACUACUUAAUCGCAGACGGCGAGAGUCAUUGGCUGGAGGGAUUCCUUCUGAUAUGCCUCUACUUUAUCAUAGCGGUC